CUACAAAGCCCCAGUAGCAAAGCUUGACACAUCACACUGAAACCGGAAUAGCGUAGCUAACAGGCUGUCGCAUCACCCCUGUGACACGGACGGAUGUUGCUAGCCUGCUUCAUUAGGGAUAUGGGUGAAAGGGCUGUGUCUGUCUGCGCGGCGAUUAAGACUGAGGUUUUAUUUGGGUUUCUCUCUGCUAACCCUUUAAUUUAACAAUCCAGCCAGCGGUUCCCUCCCUCUUCGCCCAUGAAUUUCUCACCCUACUCGCUGUCCGGCGGUCUGGGCCCAUCUCUGAAGAGGCGAGGGGAACGGGGCGUUGGGGGGAUCGGGCGCCCCCUGUACUCCGCGGCGGGGGACCGGCGCAAGUCGAAAGUGUGGAACUACUACACGCAGAUGAGCGAGACCCACGUGGAGUGCAAUGUCUGCAAGAAGCAGCUGUCCUUCCACAACAGCACCACCACCAUGAGGGAGCACCUGGUGCGCAAGCACAGCAUCCGCGACAGCGGGCCCCCUCCCCCGAGCGUCGCGGGGGCCGCCCCCGCCCAGGCCCCGCUCAUGCCGCCCCUGCCGCCGCUGCCCAGCUUCCCGGGGAACAGCGCGGCGGCGCCGGUGCCCGCCCCAGCGCCCAGCUGCAUGCUGCAGCCCGUGGUGUCCCUGGUUGUGAAGGAGGAGCAGCAGGACGCCGACCUAUCCCCGGAGUCCGGGGAGGCCAAACGGGCGCGCACCACCUGCGCCGCCAGCAGCGCGGGCGGGGGGGCCCUGAACCCGAACCCCGCCUCCGCCCACGAGCAGGACCCCCCGCAGCCCUCGCUCGCCGGGUAUCACUACCACGAGAGCGCCGGCGGCAACAGCAGCGGUAACGCCGGCGGUGGUGGCGGCGGCGGCGGUGCCGCCAGAGGCUGCAGCAACAAGCGCGCGGGCCUCCUGACGGAGCUCAUCCUGGAGAUGGUGUUCCGGGACCUGCAGCCGCUGUCGGUGGUGGAGGAGAGGGGCUUCCGGCUGCUGCUGGGCUGCCUGGAGCCCCUGUACCCAGUGCCCUCGCCCUCCCAGCUGGGCAGCCUGCUCUGGCACCGCUACCACAUUCUCAAGCAGCACCUGGAGCAGCACCUGCAGGCCAGCCUGGCGCCGCGGUGCCUGGCCAUCUGCACCGAGCGCUGGCGCUCGCUGGCGGGCUGCGGGGUCGGGGGGGCGGGGCGCCUCUACCUGACCGUGAGCGCGCACUUCGUCGACAAGGACUGGCGCCUGGCCCGCUGCAUCCUGGAGACGCGGCCCGUGCCGGAGUUCGGGGAGGAGGCCGGCGAGCGGGGCGGGGCCCAGCUGGGGGACACCCUCAGGGCGGUCCUGUCCGAGUUCCGCCUGCCCGAAAACUUCGUCUUCUGCGUGGUGCACGACACCCCCUGGGCCCCCGAGGCCGGAGAGGGCGGCCGGCCGGGGCGGGAGCAGGACCGCCAGAGCCAAGGCGAGGCCUCCCGCUGCUCGGCCGGCCCGAGCCAGGCCUCCCUGCGGAACCUUCCGGCGGGCUGGGUGGGCCUGCUGUGCGCGGGGGAGGCCCUGAAGCUCUGCGUCCAGGAGGGGCUGGAGGCGGAGCCCGUCCGGCAGGCGCUGGCCGCGGCGCGGGGCAUCGUCUCGCACUUCCAGCACGACCCGUUCGCGGCGGCCGCCCUCAACCACAAGGCGGAGGCGGCCAACAAGGCCGGGGCGCGGCUGGCGCUGGACGACCCGGGCCGCUGGUCCACCGCCAUCGACAUGUGCGAGAGCCUCCUGGAGCUCAAGUGGGUGGUGAGCUCGGUGCUGGAGGAGCAGAAGGCCGCGCCCAACCUGGCCGACCACCAGUGGCGCCUCCUGCAGGAGCUGGUGCCCGUGCUGAAGACGGUGCGCAUCGCCGCCGCCUUCCUGAGCGAGGACACCAACGCGCCCGUCUCCGCCCUCAUGCCCUGCCUCCACGGCGUCUCCCGCCUCCUGGGCCAGCGCAUGGGGGAGAGCGCCUGCCCCGUGGCCCGGGGCGUGAUGGAGAGGGUGCGGGCGGGGAUGGAGCGCCGCUGGAGGCUGGGCGACCAGGAGGUGCUGCUGGACAGCCCCGCGGUCCUCUCCUCCUUCCUGGACCCGCGCUUCAAGGAGCUGCGCUUCCUGAGCCCCAACGCGCGGAGCAGGCUGCACGACCGCGUCAAGGACCUGCUGUCCACGCAGGCCUACGCCGAGGACGCGGAGGCGCGCGGGCACGCCCAGGACGAGGAGGAGGAGGAGGAAGAGGAGGAGGAGGAGGAGGAGGAAGGGAGGGAAGGUCCCAGGGCGGACUUGGGGCUGGGGUUGGGCGACUCUCUCUCCGCGCCCCGGGCGGCGCCCCCGGACUCGCCGGUGUCCUGCGGUUCGGCCGAGGAGAGCGACAUCAUCAUGCUGCAGCAGCGGCAGGGCGCGCCACCCGGCCCUCUUGGCGGCCCGCCGGCGGAGGCGGCGGCGGCAGGCGACUGCGACCCGGGCGGGGCCUCGCACUGCGGCGGCGGGGGCGGCGGCGCCCGGGUGAACAGCAGGGCGGGGCCGGCCGGCACCCCCAAGGCCGACGCCCGGGAGCGGGCGAGCCCGGCGGGCCAGAGCAUGUACGACAUCCUGCUGGGCGAGGACCCCACCGAGCGGAUGCCCGAGAUCCACCAGCAGCUAGAGAACUACAUCGCCGAGCCGCUCUGCAAGCGCAGCCUGUCGCCGCUCCACUGGUGGCGGGCGAAGGAGCACCGCUUCCCCGCCGUGGCCCGGCUCGCCCGCAAGUACCUGGCCAUCCCCGCCACCGCCGUGCCCGCCGACCGGGCCUUCGCCCCCCGCGAGGCCCCCGCCGCCCAGCGGAGGGCCACCCUAGGGCCCCAGCACCUGGACCACAUCCUGUUCCUGCACCAGAACGGCGACUACGUGGAGCACCUGAAGGGCGGGGCCGGGCUGCGGAGGGACGUCGCCCCCGGCAACGGCGGCGCCAACGGCCACGGCGGCCAGCAGACCCGAGAGACGCUGUACCAGUCGCUGGUGUCCUAUGAGAACAAGGCCUGGGUUGGGGGGGAGGAGCUGUGAUCACUUGCUCCGCCUCCAACUGUCAGUACCAACAGGAGAGGAGCCGCGAUCACUUGCUCCGCCUCCAACUGUCAGUACCAACAGGAGAGGAGCCGCGAUCACUUGCUCCGCCUCCAACUGUCAGUACCAAGAGGGGAGGAGCUCUGAGCAGUUGCUCCACCUCCAACUGUCAGCACCAAGAGGGGAGGAGCUGUGAUCACUUGCUCCGCCUCCAACUGUCAGUACCAAGAGAGGAGGAGCUGUGAUCACUUGCUCCGCCUCCAACUGUCAGUACCAAGAGAGGAGAAGCUGUGAUCACUUGCUCCGCCUCCAACUGUCAGUACCAAGAGAGGAGGGGGCGGGGCCACUGAAACAGCCGUGGACAAUAGUUAAUGGAACGGUUCUCUUGUGCCAAGGGACACAGAGUCAGUCAAACGAGCUAAGAGCAAUCACUAAUUGCACUGGAGCCCCCUCCUCGUCACACACGUACCUCUUCUGUUAUCUUCACCGGUGGUUCCGUCCGUCAGCCCGUCGUGUCCGUCGCGGGUCCGGAACUUUCCGGAACCCCAGGAACCGGUCCUGUUUUUAUCCAGCCGCACACACCGCUUGAGCCUUCUGUCGCCAAGCUGCAGGAGCCGAGGUGCGUCGGCCUCAUUUCAGCAGAUUAAAAUCAGCUCCCCGGUCAUCGGGGGGGGGGCUUUGAGAAGUUUUUAAUCAUGUGUGGUAGUAGACCCAAGGGCACUCUUUGUAUUACGGCUACCCAAUCGUUGGGUUUUUUAAACGUCCCGCGCUCUUGUGAAAGACGGCUUCCCUGUUCUGGAGGACGCCGCGUGUCCAAUGGGUUUAUGUCGGCCGGGUAUCUUCCCCCGCGAAGUGCCGACUUGUAAAGUUAUUUCGACACUAUUGUAUGAAAGCCCGUUUUAAUGAACAGUUUGCGAGAAUAGAAUCUUAAAAGUAUUACGUGCAACUAAUAGUGUAUGCACACUGCGACGUGUGUGCAAAGAAAGCAACUUCCAUGUGUCUGUGUGCGAAUAUAGUUUUCUGUCAUGAUACCAUGUAUGUAUUGUACAUAUCUGAGCAGUGAUAUGCUAUGUACCAUUCGCUUUUUUUUCCCCCAGUCUUGCUUGUUGUGCCAAGUUUAUAAUAUGUGAUUACUGAGUGGAUUUUAUUCUACUGUGGUAGGCAACAUUGAUCACAGAGCAUGUCAAGAUAUCAAUGUCCUGUAAAAUACAGAUCUUGCGUAGAGCCCA